AUGCUGUUCAAAGAAAUUGCAUUGGACAUUGAUGAAGAUGAUGGCAACUCUAUAAAUAAUCUUAUUGUGUUUUGCCGUAAUAAAGGAGCUCCUGAGUCCGAAUUAAGACAAUUUCAGCAUGGAUAUCAACAGAAAUCGCCAAUAUGGUGUUAUAGCCAAGAGACUUUUCUCUAUGGCAUGCUCAAUUGCGCCUUACGAUCUCUCGACAUGGAAACCAUGGCUAAAAUGGGAUUUUUUAUUCGCAAGCUUCAUCAACAGUUGAGGCAAUUACACGAAGGGCAAGCGAGGUCAUUUAUGGAACAGUUUAUUGUUUACCGUGGUCAAGGACUCCUCCGAGAUGAUUUUCAACAUCUAGUUGACACGAAAGGUGGGCUUCUUUCGUUUAAUAAUUUCUUAUCUACCAGUAAAAAGCAACAUGUUGCCAUGGGAUUUGUUGAACGAGCACUUAACAAAUAUGAAGAUCAUGUGGGUAUUCUCUUCACAAUGACCAUUAAUCCAAGUAAAAUAUCCAUCUCAAAAACUCCGUUUGCUCUAAUUGAUGAGCAUAGUGCUGUGCCACAGGAAGAAGAAAUUUUAUUUUCAAUGCACGCUGUCUUCCGCGUCGACGUAAUUAAACAAACAAAACAAAAUAGUCGUUUAUGGGAAGUACAAUUGACUCUCACCGACGACAAUGAUCCACAAUUGGCUGCUCUUACAGAUCGGAUGAAAAAGGAGAUUGAUGGCUCCAGAUGGCAUCGCAUGGCUAAACUGAUGUACAAAUUGGGACACUUCAAUCAAGCUGAAGAACUCUACAUGGAAUUACUCAAGAAUGCUUCUAGUGACGGUGAUAGCGCAUUGAUUUAUCAUCAACUCGGAUACUUGAACGGAGAACAAGGUGAAUACAAGGAUGCAGUUGGAUUUUAUGAAAAAGCAUUGCAAAUCUAUCAAAAAACUCUCCCGAAAGAUCAUUCUUUAUUGGCAAGUACCUACAACAACAUCGGCUUAGCGUAUGACAUGAUGGGCGACUACGCGAAGGCACUUGACCUUUACGAAAAAGCACAUCGAAUUAAAGAAAAAACUUUGCCUCCGAAUCAUCCCGAUCUGGCUAUUUCCUACCACAACAUUGGUGGAAUGUAUAAACAUAUGGGUGCCUAUUCGAAAGCACUUGAAUAUUACGAAAAAACACUAGAAAUCGACAAAAACACUCUGCCUGUGAAUCAUCCCGAUUCGGCUACUUCCUACAACAAUAUCGGUCGAGUGUAUGACAACAUGGGCAACUACUCGAAAGCACUUGAAUUUUACGAAAAAGCACAUAGAAUUAGAGAAAAGACUCUGCCUCCGAAUCAUCCCGACUUGGCUUAUUCCUACAAUAAUAUCGGUAUGGUAUAUGACAACAUGGGUCACUACUCGAAAGCACUUCCAUUACUUGAAAAAGCACUUACUAUUGGUCGAAAAUCCCUAUCACCCAUGCAUCCUCUAAUCAAAGCAGUUGUAGAUAACAUUGCCGAUUUGAAAAAGAAGCUGUAA